CUCUCCUGUUUAUAGGAUCUUUGUUUACACUAAAAGUUCAAGUAAAUGACAUCAUCAGUCAUCACUACCUGCGACAAGCAAUUGUAGAAGUGUUUGUUAAUUACACAAAGACAAAUUCUACUCUUACGGGAAACAAUGGAGCAGUAUUAAUAAAAGUUCCCUAUAAAUUAGGAUUAAGUUUAACUAUUGCAUCAUACAAGGAUGGCUACAUGUUAACACCUUUGCCUUGGAAGACUGGGAGAAUGCCAAUAUACUCGUCUGUGACACUUUCAUUAUUCCCACAAAGUCAAGCUAAUAUAUGGCUGUUCGAAGAUACUGUUUUAAUUACUGGAAGAUUGUCUGAUGCCAAAUCUCAACCAAGCGUUCAGUUUGCAAAAUUUUUAAUAAAACUUCCAACAGAUCACCAUAUUACAAAUGUUACAGCCUAUCUGACAGUGCCAGAGCAAUUUCUGAAAGUCGACAGCUUUCUCUACACAACAGGAAUUCUUCUAAAUAAAUCGGGUUUCAAAAGCAUUGAAUUGACUCCUCUUGCUGCAAUAUGUGUAAAUGUUCUUUUGGCUGGGAAAGAACUGAAAGUGAACGGUCCUAUUCAUAUUACACUUCCUCUUCCUACAAGUACUGUAAAAUCGGGAGAUGCUAUUCCUGCGUGGACAUUUGAUAUGAAAACUGGUGCUUGGGUAAGCCGAGGGCUGGGAACGGUAAAGGAAGCAAAUGAUCAAUUAGUAUGGGCCUACGUUGCUCCACACUUAGGCUACUGGAUAGCAGCUCCGCUGCCUGGAUCAAGAGAGUCCAUUAUUAGAGCAGUUUCCAAGGACAUAACAGCCUAUCACACAGUGUUCCUUACAGCCAUUUUGGGAGGUACUGUUGUCAUUAUCAUUGGAUUUUUUGCUGUUCUUCUUUGUUACUGCAGGGACAAAUGUGGUCAGACAAAAAAGAAGGAAAAAAACACAGCUAGGCUGGAAGUCUUAAAAAAAGACCAGACGACAUCAACAACUCACAUAAAUCACGCCAGUGUUGUCAAGGGGUCUUUAAAGCAAGAGGAUAAGUCACAGUUAUAUGCACAGAAGAUUUCUUCGUAUAGCCCUCAAAGAAAGACAUCUGCAGAAACAGAAGAUGGAAAGUCACGGGACAAUUUUAAAAUCUACACAGAGGAUGCUUCUCAUCAGUCAUCCCACCAGACUGGUCAAUCAAGAAAUUCAACCCAUUCCUCGGAGCCUAAUGCUGGAGUUAGACACUUAGUGCGGCCAAAGCAUAUUAACAAUAUUUCCCAGACUCCAAGGGAUAUUCAAGACCAAAACAGGUACCUUCCACUGAAAGAGGAAAUGUAUGGCCUUUCCCAUAUCCCAGAACAUCUAAUGCAUAUUUACAAUCAACCAAUUGCUAUUCUUCAAACCUCUGACCUUUUCCACUCACCAGAACAACUGCAUGCUGCUAGAUCAGCAACUUUGCCAAGAAAAGGGCAGUUAGUGUAUAGCCCCAUGAUGGAACCCAUGAAUCGAGAUAGUUAUAUACAAACACUACCCAAAAUGCCAGUGCAUUCUCAUCCACAGCCUUCUGUCUGCAGAGAUGAAAAAAGUACAUUAGAUGGGCAACAGGGUUUACCCUCUCAAACAUCAAACUGGAGCCGGUACACUAAUAGUUUACUGGAAUCUGUCUCUGUUCCUGGGACACUGAAUGAAGCAGUUGUAAUGACUCCAUUUUCAUCUGAGCUUCAAGGUAUUUCAGAACAAACAUUACUGGAACUCUCUAAAGGAAAACCAUCUCCACACCCUCGAGCAUGGUUUGUGUCGCUAGAUGGAAAACCAAUAGCUCAGGUGAGGCAUUCUUUUAUAGAUCUGAAAAAGGGCAGAAAAACAGAGAGUAACGAUACUAGUCUGGACUCUGGUGUGGACAUGAACGAGCAUCAUCCUGGUAGGAAACUGGAGAGAGAGAAAACUUUCAUUAAAAAUAUGCCUCAUUCUAAGAUCCUUUACUUGGAAGAUCUGGAUCUGAGUAGCAGUGAAAGUGGGACCACUGUUUGCACUCCAGAGGACCAGGCUGUGAAACCCAUUCUGGAUGGAGGGAAUAGGCCUGACACAGAACAACAUGAUGAAGAAGGCCUAAGAAGAAAAGCGGUAACAGGAAAUCGUGAGUCUAGUGUCCCUCCAGCUAAAAAAAGGGACAGACCAUCUAUCACAAAAAGAGAUAGCAAAACCAAUAUCUGGAAGAAGAGAGAGGAGAGACCGCUUAUUCCUAUAAAUUAAAACACAAUGUGCUUUGUGUUGUUGCUCUCCCUGCUGGUUAAUGCGCUCUGGGUUUCAUGUGUAAUUUUGCAGUGUUGGGUUUACAAUAGAAACGUUGUUUUAUAGUGGCAAGAAAAGUUACAUUUUUUUUUUAAUGUGCAGACUGAGUUACUAUAACUUCAGCUGAGCAAUUGAUAUGCAAUGUGAUUUGACAACAGAGAAAUGCUACUGUUAAAAUUUUCCAGUUCCCAAUUUUGCUGGCAGUAUAGGGAAGGGCCACAUUUUAAUUAGCCUGUCGUUCUUGGAUGCAUCUCUUGGAAUGCACAGUGAGAAAUGUAGGCGCAUCUUUUAAUUUUUUUAUACUUGUUGGUAAUGUGUUGGUAGAGUGGUUAAUGCCAUUCCCCAGCCUUGUUCCUAAUAAAUGUGACCAUCUGUACAGUAUUUUAUAUGUGACCUUUUGUAGGGAUAUGUCACUACUUCUUUAUAUGAAGUUUCAUAAAUUAGUCUGAAGACACCAGCAGAUGAGCUCUGGGUUUAUCAGCAAGCUCUGCAGCAGUACUGCCCUCUGUGUGUGCCCACCCACACGCAAAAGGUUGCCAUUCCCUGUAGCAGUGGCAGAAGUGAAGUGUACAAGGUCUGGGGCCACUGCCGUUCAAAAUCCCUGCUGUCUUAACUUAAAAUGUUAUCCGUUUCAGUUUAACCUGCUUUGUUCUAAACUGUAGAUGCUGAAGAUCAGCACCUGCUCUGAAGUGUCUGCCUCCAGAAGAAGAGGACUGGUGUUGGUAGCAUUUGAAGCUGCAGCUACUGCCGCUUCCAGUGGGCUUGUUUUGGCUUUGUUAUAAUCUUCUCUCCUGCAUGCUGUUGAACCUGUUGUGCUCUGAAUCAUAGCCUUCGACUCCUGCAGAUUUAUAGGUUAAGGUAGAGUGUAGCCCACAAUGAAAAAGUAUGCAAGUUUAGACAAAUUAUGCUUUUGAAAUAAUUUCUUUAAUAGGGAAGCUCAGCAUCAUUGCUUUUUAUUUCAUGUUUAAAAAUAUGGAAGAUCAUCAGAGAUUGAUUGUGCCUACAUUUUACCAGCCUGAGCUACUUUUGUCCUAGGCUGUGCAUCGCAGAGGGGUUAACAGACUUUUACAGAGUUUUUUAAAUGAGCAUGAGGAAGCGGAUCUCAAAACUUGGUCUGUAACACAAUAUAAAUACUGCUUAUAACUCACCUUGGAGUUAAAUUGUUACCAAAAGUCAUGAAUGCAUGAUAUGUAACUAAGAUAUGUAUAGAGGAAGGAAAAGGCCAUCAGAAUGUUCUUUAUUUUUAGUGUUCAUCUUGUCAAAGUGAUAGAUUCAACUUUGGCUAACAGAAAAGUAGACACACUCCUUAACGUGCUUUGUAUAGUAGACUGACUUUCUAUGGCUUUUAGGCUACUUCCCUGAUGAAAUAAGUUCCAGCAUUUUGGCUUUGGCAGUUUGAUUAUAAAUCAUCCUUUAAAAUGUUUUGUAAGUAUUUCCCAUAUAGUCUACAGUAUUUAAGGUUCUAUACUGAGACUCAAACAUACUAUGUCUGUUCCUAAAUUAGGGGGUCACGUGCACUCUGUGGUCUGCACUGCAACACUGAUGCCCUUGCCCCGUUAUUCACCAUUACCGAGCACGCUAUGACUCUCUCCUUGCCCAUACUUCAAGAUUUCUUUCCACAGAAAAACAGGGUGUGCAAGGAGAAGGUGCCUAUCUAGAUCCAGCAGGAACCUGCAGUCAGGAUGCAGCAAAGGGUGGCACUCAAGAGAAGGGAAAUAUCCUAUGCAGCUGGGCUUCUGGGAGCUUUCCCUCAGGAAGCACUACUGUUAAAUAGCUCUGUUCUUUCGGGACUGUCUGGUACUGUUUCUAAAAUACGCAGAGUAACCUGAAUGGUAAUAGCCAUACAUCCAUAUAUCUGACUUUCUCUGGUAUGCAGUUGCUUCGUGAACACAAUAGAUCUUCCUGUUGAGUUCACAAAUGUGAAAGUGCAAAAUAAGUUUGAGAGAGGUGUGCAACUAAAUCUGUAAUUUUGUUUUGCCAAAAGAAUCUCGUUUAAUUAUACAAUUCAUCAUCUUCAGAGGUAAGGAUGGCUUGCCAUAUUAGCAUGCCUUUAGUACUAGUUGUUAGGUAACUAAUUCAUUAUUCCUCUACAAAAUGUAUUUUUACAAUAGAUGUGUGUUCAGUUCCACUGGAUUUUGUGUAUGACUUACUUUGGAGCCCUAAUGGUGGGGUCUUUAUCCUUGACUUUGUUGCAUAUAUUAGGAGUCCCUUAAAUUUUGAAUAUAGGUACACAUUUAGUCUGAAAAGUAAUUUGACUUUUGAGGUUUAAAAUUGCCCUUGUCUUAGAGUUGCAUCACUUCUGAUGAGUCCCUUUUCAAAAAAAGAAUACUAUAUAUUCUGUGGAAACUAACAGAAAAUCCCUGCCAAGCUAAACGGUUUUGAGACAUCAGUCAAUAUUAAAUUGAUAUGUCUCUGUAUAUAAUUUUGUUCACUUGCAGCAAUUUAAAUAUAUUGCAGAUUCUUUGUUUUUAAUGCAUUGUUUCAUUAUAAAUACCAAAAAGAGGUAAUUCCUCAAACUUACGUGUAUCAUUUAAAAAAUAAAGACAGCAGUAAAAGGCUUUAUAGGUGCAAGUUCAAAGGACUGAAGUUUUGCACUCCAGUGUACCUAUUUUGCAUCAGAGUAGGGGUAUUUGUUCACCAGAGAAAAAGGAUUAGAAAUGUUUAAAAGCUCAGCUGUAAAUUUGAGAUUUCAGAAGAACCAUGCUUGAAGAUGUACUGAUUUUGUGCAGAUUCUUGUCUGCUAUGCUAGCUGACUCAGAGCAGAGUGGAGUUCAAUUUUGUAACGUCAUUCUAAAUGAGCUUUUAGCUGUCUGCGUUCAGUCACAAUUUGACCCUGUACAGAUGGUAGUACAAAAUGUGCCCUUUAAAGGUCAUAGAUAAAUAGGGGACACUUCAGCUUUUAGCCAACAAUGAAAGUCAGAAGGGAACAGACCUUACAAGAGCUGCUUGCUGCUAGGCUUCUCAGGAGUAGGAAGAAAAACAGAAUAAAGCUUUCUGAAAAAUAGGCAUCUCAUUACAUACAUAUUAUCUGUACAUAAAGCCCGUGUCCUUACAGCUUCUGAAAUAGCUGUAGCAUGUCUUUUGCAGUUCACCUCACUUCAGGAUCUUCAUUGUGGACUGGUAUCAUCUCUACUAGAACUUUGCUCCUCCCUUCUCUUAUGUGGGUAUGGGUGUGUUUUUUAGUGAAGUAGUUAAAUUGUCCAGGGACUAAAUUCUCUAGUACUUAAUUAAUUUCUGGGGAGCGUAUGCUGUGGUUCUGCUAAUACCAUUUUCAAAGCAGCCUUUAUUGUUAACGGUUGCUUCUAUCCAGGCCAGUCAAGCAACAGCUAUAUUUGCUUUCUUUGUAGAUCCCAUACGCUAACUUUUCUGUGUAACUUGCUAGCAUUUACCACAUAAUGUUUUUAUGCUGCUGGUAGUGCUUCAAAAGGCUUUGCUAAAGUCUAGUUCUAUAUUAAAAGCUAACACAUAACUUGUUUUCUGUGUCAGAAUAUGGGACACUAGUCUGUUGAGAGAAGUUAUUGGCUACAGUUGUAUCUACAGAGAUAAAUGGUGUGUGAAAACACUUGAAACUCCUAAGCACACAAUGACAGGGAAUUCUUCCUUGACUCCAUCAUGAGCAUUAAAUCUCUGAUUUUUAAAAAUCUCUAUAUAACUAUACAAUAAUUAAAAUUAUACUUCAUAUUUAUAUUCAGUAUUUAUAAAGUACGUUGUCUGAGUCUUCGUGUUCCAGCUCUAUGUUAGAAUUUAUGCACUGGAAACCUCUAUUACCUCUUAGUGACUGGAAUUCUUUUUGUAUUUACAUCCAUUAGAAAAGGGGUUUAAAACACUGCAUUCUAAAAACUUUAAUUCCAGAGAUACCGUACAUGUGUACAUAGGCAGAAAACAUAAAACAUUAUCAUGAAAUUUGUCUUUGCAGUCACAUUAGUACUUGUCUAUAUUUCUACAUAUAGAAUCUAUAUGACUUCUAUAUAAGAAUCUGUAUGAAUCAAAGAACAGGGUUUUUUUUCCUGCUGGCUCAAUAUUUCAACACUAACACAGUGCUAAAAUGCCAGCACUAAAAUUACGUCUAUACAAGUAGUAGUAGUAUGGAUUCAUGACAAACUGCUCUUGGAAAGACCAUGGGAACAUUCAGAGGUUUUGCUUUCUUUGGAUCUGGAGGUUGAUAUCCUUGAGAGUAAGAGUAGAAGUGGACUGUGACUGAGGCAACUGAAUGUAAACCCUCUCUAAGGAGAGAGGGAUGGGGAGGCGGGAAAGGAUACGGCUUCUUUCUGAUGCUUAUUUUCAAACUGGCACUUGUGCUCCAGUGGAAUUGAUUCCUUUUAAAGAACACAAACGUUUGUGAGCAUUAUGUCUCAAUUCUUCACAAGAUGCUUUUUGUACCAUCAUCUCUUGAAAAAAGUCACCUUUCAUUUGGAACUGUGCAUGUGUGUAUACAUUAAGUACUUCCAGAACACUCACGACCAAAUUUUGUCACAAGUUUAAGAUGAAAGGUGGUUAAUAAACUUGACGAUGCUCCCCCCCCCCCCCCCCCCGUGGUUACAAUACACAACGUUGAGAUUCUUCUGUUCUUUCCCGAAUGUGUUACCAGUUCCAGGUCUAACAUGGUUCUGAUAAGGAGCAGAUGGAUUUAGCCAAGACCUGUUUAUGCAGAAUAGCUAUGUGGCUCAGAUCAGUUCUUUGGCAUAUCAUAAGUCAAGGGAAGCGAUCAAAUUAAAUAACCUAUAGCUUCAUGCACAUUUAUCUUGUUAUGUUCCCUAGAAUAAGCUAUUUGGAAGUAGUUUUCAGAUUGCUUUCAAAUGCCAGGUAUUACAGAAUUCAAAAAAGGAAUAAUUUGAAAAAAAUCUAUUUGAUUGAAAAGAAAAAUCUAGGCAGUACUGCCAAAAAAUAAUGGAGAACCUUAUGUUUGGUAUCGUACAAACCUGAAAGCACAACUGGAUUUGAUGGUUAGAGACAUAAUUUACCAAUGUAGAUCUAGAAGAGAUGACACAGAUAAAACAAUCCAGGAUGUAAGCAUGAAAACAUCUAGCUGUCUGCUUUGCUUUUGUCCAGUAAUUUGUACCAAAGAGGAUGAAAUGAAUGGACAACAGUCUAAACUGUUCUCAUGAGUUAAAAAGCAAAGUAGGUUAAUAGUAUUACUAAGGUAGCAACGUGCAAAUUAAAAUGUAGUACGCUACAUCCACUGUCUAAUACUGCAUAUGAAACGUUGCAUGUAUGGAAAAUCUGAAAGUAAAUUAGCCUGCUGAAGUGCCUUUCUCUUUCAUCAGACUUAUUUUAUCAGUGGAACACCUGACUAUCUGAAAAGCACACGUAUGUAUUUUUUCUGUUAGCCAAAAAGCCCCAAACCAUACUUAAAAUUAUGUCGCUUUUAUAAUAUUUUUAAAAGCAGAUCUAGUGUUUUUAUGUAGGAGUCCUGAGUCCUGCAUGUUGAUGAUGAUAACUGUUGUAAUCCUGUCUUUUUUAUAUUUUAUGUUUCAAAAGAGGGGGAAAAAGUGAUAUCUUUAGCAAUCUCAAGAGCUGUAUCUUUUAAAAAUGCACAUGCAGGAUUUGAUUCAACUUAAGCUAAGAGUAAGCAUCUUGAAAUCACGGGAUUUACAGGUAUGAAACUGACUGGGAUUUUAACUUGAAAAACAAAAUUCAUAUACUUUUAUAUACGCAAGUUAUUAGUUUGAUAAAAAUCCUUCUUCAGCUCCUAACUUUCCUGGCCAGUAGAAGCAGAAAGUGUAUGGAGUUAGGUACUCAGUUCUUGUUACAGUACUAGAACCAGUUUGUAAGUCAUUUUGGUGGGGCCUAACCUACAUUGUUUACAUAGCCCAAGCAUCUACAGUUUUGUGAGGGGUUUUUGUUUUUUUAAUUCAGUGAAAUUAUACAGAGGCGAACCACUAUGCUAGGCCUACAGAUUUAAAAAUGAGCAUUCUUUUAUAGUAGUUCAUACUAAUUUGUGCCAUGCUUCUAACAACAGGCAUGUACAUUUUUGCUAAAGAAUUGAAAUCAAAGGUGUGGGGGUUUUUUAAUUACUUCAUUUCCUUUUAAAAACAUUUCAAUGUUUUCUGUUAAGAAGUUUUGAAUCCACUUAUUGUAAGGCUGGCAGGGGAAAGUUGUGUCAUAAUUCUUAACAUAAACACUCCCGGCUUAAAAUUAUUUUACUAAAUGAAGGAGUUUUUUUCAGUUAAUGGUUAAGAUUUUUGAACAUUUGUAUACUUUUCCUCCCCAAAUAUACUGGUAUGUUGUUCUGCAUUUUAACUGAUUUAAUUCAUUUGAAGCACAUGUUGCACUUCAGUCUGUAUUACAACAGUAAGUAAAUAUCCUCACAGCAUCUUGGUAUUGUGUAGAAAGGCACUUUUUAGUGCUCAUCAGAGCAUGAAGCUCAUUAAAGCCCAACUCUGAGGUGCUGAAGCAGAGAUGAGCUGAUGGCACUGGCUGUGCUCACUGCCUUGCAUGUUGGAGCCGUACAUUCAAACAAGCACUUCAUUUCUUUGGCAAUCAUUUUCAGAAACGUUCUAAUACAGACAUUGUUCAUUUGAAAGGUACUUAACAGUCACCAUUUUUUAAGUAUUUCUAUCUUUUUAUAUUUUGUCAGAGGUGUCUUCAUUUCUCAGUGUAUUUACAACAGUAUCAGUGUAUCUGUUGCUGAAAAUGUAACUAAGGUUUGUAAAAUGUUAUAGCUUAUGCAAUAUAAUAAAUAGUUUUAAAAAGUUA